UCAAUUUACUUAUGACUUGGCAGCAUGAUCUCUGACCUUAGCCGCUCCGAUAUGGAACGAAUUUAAAAAAACAAAUAUCAAACAAUUUCAAAAAGUUUGUUUCAUAACGGUUGUAAUACUUGUAAUACAUUUGGAUUUUGGAGAUUGUGCAUAUUGUGUUAUUAUUUAUUUUGGUGCACAAUUAUUAUGGCAAAGAGAAGCGAGGUUCUUGAGCUCGAAACAAAAAUAAUAAACCACGAGGCUUACGGCACGUCUUAUAAAUGGUCCCCAAGAGAUUUUGAAUUAGGUUCUGCUCUUGGUCAAGGCAAAUUUGGACAUGUACACGUCGCAAGAGAGAAAAAAACCGGCUAUUUAGUUGCUAUCAAAACUCUGUUCAAAUCGCAAAUUGUGAAAUCAGGAUGUGAACGACAAGUCUUGAGAGAGAUUGAAAUACAAUCACAUUUGAAGCAUCCAAACAUACUGAGAAUGCUGACAUGGUUUCAUGAUGAGAGACGCAUUUACCUUGUCAUAGAAUUUGCCGCACAAGGAGAACUGUACAAACACCUCACUAACUCACCCAAAGGACGCUUCCCGGAGUCCAAAGCAGCCAGAUAUAUAUACCAGGUUGCAGAUGCAGUAGAAUAUUGCCAUCAACACCAUGUCAUACAUCGAGACAUAAAGCCAGAAAACAUCCUAGUAGAUUUUAAUGGGGAUCUCAAAUUAGCCGAUUUUGGUUGGUCCGUACAUGCACCAUCAGAAAGGCGUAAAACAAUGUGUGGCACCCUUGACUAUCUUCCUCCAGAGAUGAUAAAACGAGAGGUGUACGACGUUUCUGUAGACCAAUGGUGUAUUGGUGUCCUACUCUACGAAUUUCUAGUGGGAAAACCACCCUUCGAAAGUCAGGGCCAAGAUAAGACAUAUGAACGAAUCCUUACACUGGAUAUGGAAUAUCCAAGCUACGUACCUGAGGGAGCCAAAGAUUUGAUUUCAAAGCUUCUACGGCAUUCAAGCAAAGAGAGACUCUCAUUAGAUGGAGUGAAAAAACAUUAUUGGGUGCAGCAGUUUCGUAACGGGCCAUAGCAUUUGCAAGUAAUUUAUUUAGUUUGUAUUAAUCUGAUCUGUUAUCAUGUAAAUCCUAUUUUAGUAAUAAAACAUUGUAUACAUUUAUAAAA